AUGAGUGACAACGAAGAAAUGAAGCAAGUGGCUGUGAAACAGAGUGCGGCGAAAGUGAUAUCACCUUAUUCUUUGUUUUCAUCAGAUAAUCCUGGUGCGUUGAUAACAUCGGUUCAGCUGAAGGGGGAUAAUUACAACGAAUGGGCCAUGGAGAUGGAGAAUGCUCUUCGAGCAAAGAAGAAAAUAGGGUUCAUCGAUGGAACUCUAUCCAAACCGGCAGAAGUUCAUUCUGAUUUGGAAUCGUGGCUUAGUGUUAACUCGAUGAUAGUUGGGUGGAUUAGAUCUUCUAUGGAACCAAGGGUCAGAUCAACCGUAACAUUCAUCACGGAGGCUCACAAAUUGUGGGAAAACUUGAAGAAACGAUUUGAAGUGGGGAACAAGGUUCGAGUUCACCAACUGAUGGAGCAGUUGGCUUCGUGUAGGCAAAACAGUCAACCAGUGAUUGACUACUAUGGUCGCUUGGCCAUGAUGUGGGAGGAGCUGCAGACAUAUACGCCACCACCAGCGUGCAGUUGCUCAGCGGCUGCCGUGUAUGAGAAGGAACGUGAAGAUGAGAGAGUUCAUCAGUUUAUCAUGGGUUUGGAUGAAGUGCGAUUUGGUAAUGUCGUGACAGCAAUCAUUGAGGCUGACGAUAUGCCAGAUCUUGGUAAAGUUUAUGCUAAAGUUAUCAGAGAGGAGGCUAGGUUAAACUCAGCUAAGUCUCGGGAGAUCGUGCAGCAAGAAGUUGUUGGUUUCGUGUCUCGCAAGGAAGUGCUAGGAGAAACACGAGAUUCCUUUUCGUCUGGUUUUGGUGCGAAAACAGAGAACUCAAAUGGUGGAUAUGGAACCAGAGCAAGGGACCGUCUGUGUUCUAACUGUGGCAAGACGGGCCAUGAUAAAAGUAAUUGUUGGCAGAUCAUUGGCUAUCUGGAAUGGAUGAAUGAGAAGCGUGGACGAGGAGGUUCGGGUAGAGGUCGUGGUGGUAACGCAGGGCCAGGAAGAGGAGGAAGUGGCCGCGGUACAUCACAUGCUGCUCAUGCAACGAGCUCGCAAGGAGCAGGAUCGUCUGAUCUCACGCCUGAACAAUGGAGAACAAUUUCUCAGAUUAUAAAUGAUGGGAAAUCAAGUGCGCAAUCAGAGAAGUUAUCUGGUAAGAAUAUUGGAGAUGUGAUUAUAGACUUGGGGGCUUCUCAUCACAUGACAGGAGAUUUGAGUCUUCUUGUGAAUGUGAAAGAAACUCUACCGUGUGUUGUUGGGUUUGCAGAUGGAAGAACCUCAACUUCGGACCGUUCUUCGAAGACUCUGAUUGGAGCAGGUGAGGAACGUGGUGGGGUUUAUUUCUUCAGGGAUGUGAGAGUUGCAGAGGCUAACUGA